GCAUAAUUAUAUACUGUGUGAAAUGUAAUUGCUCUGCUCAAGUCUGCUAAGCACUUGCCACUCAUGCUAACAGAAGAAACUGAAUUGACUGUGCGGAUUGAGUCUUUUCGAAUCUUAUUAGACAUUAGCUUUGGCGGUGGAAACCCAGAAUGACAAGAUACAUCACAGUGAUUAUCUUUAUUGCCUCAGUCUUUGUAUUAUGCAAGGCUCAGUAUCAACCUUCCGGCUCUUGUGAGUCCAGUCAGAGCUGUGUGUAUCGGUACUCCUCAACUCAGCGAAGCUUUGACGGAGACCAGCUGCAAGUAGCUACUGUGUCAGCUAUUGUCGUUUCUCAAUGUGAUUCAGCCGGAGUCUAUGGAAAUCAGAAUGCUCUGCAUUACUGCAUUAAAGUCAGUGAUGUGCGAGUAGGAGGUGACUUGGUCAAGGAUGACAGUGCUGAUGAAGUUAUUGAUCCUACUGAAGAAGAAAUCCCGGAACUUGACCCGAGUGAUUCUGUUCUCCAAGACCCCCCUAUCUCUCCAGAAGACAAAAUGAUGGCAGGGGAAUUUUGUUUCAUUCAAACGGACGAUGGUAAAACUGUUGAGGUCAGCUACCCUGAAGGAGAGAGCAGUGUGGCUGUCAACUUUAAGAAGGGGAUUGUUGCUGCCUUCCAAACCAAUUUCAAGGGGACAGCUGAACAAGAAGAGGAAGAUACAACGUCUUUACAUAAAUCAGCGUACACGUACACAACGAUUGGUACAGAGACAACAGCCUUCCGCACCAUACAAAGUUCCAAUAUACAUAUCCUUGCUGGGGGUGCACCUACAGAAGACGUCCAGAUCACUGCAAACGAGCAGAUUGUUUACGACGGCAAAGUGCUCUCUCGAUCUCAAGGAUCUACCUCAAUUGUGCUUACAGCAGGGUUUGGAGAUAUAGACUCGUCCAGGGUUGAAGCAGCUAACCCUCGGCUCAAUUCAACUGGGCCUGGGGAUGAGGAAGAGGUGCAAAGGAGGGUGAUACGACAAGUCACUGAACAGCCUGUUGAACCUGUGGAGCCAGCGACCUAUGAUAGUGACACGGACAUCAACGAAUUGAAGGGGGAGGGAGAGUACGCACUAGUGAAGUUGUUCUGCAAACCAGUCAUUGUCACUAAACGUGACACUGUGGAAGAGGACGGCCGGGAGAAUCUUGUGACUGACACACUACAAGCUAACAUAAACUACACUCUAACCGAUCUUCGACUCUUGGAGGCACUUCGACAUCAAAUUCCUUCUGUAUGGGAAGCCUUGGAGACAUUACACAGUGAUGCAGGGCAGAGCAGUCUAGCUAAUCGCCUGCAUCAGCUGGUUGAUUUGGAGGGAGAGUAUCAGCCACUACCAGAACUACAACCUGCCAUCCGGGAUGUGAUCAACUUUCUGGAAAAGCUGUUAGGGUCUGACAAGCUAGAAGACAAGAAAAUGAGGAGUUUAAUUUACCCACUUCUUGCAACGGAAGGGCACUUCGACUCUCAAAUGGCUCUUCUUAAUUCAUACUUCGACUCUGUUGAUCAAGAAGAAAAGAAUGGCGUGGUUACACACAUCGCUUUCACCCGAAACCCUCACCCAGAAUUUAUUGAGAGGCUGAAAAAAUCCAUUGACUCCUCUCCGACCAGUGUAGACCCUCUACUAUUAGCUUACGGGGCGUUGGCUAGUGACAAGCAAGAUGGAAUACAGACCUCGGUGGUUAAAGAUUUGAUCGAUCGACUGGAACGUCUGGAGGCUACCGUGGAGUUCAGCAAGAAGCUACACCCACUAAUCCAUAAUAUACACGCGUUGGGGAACACUGACAGCGAACUAGUGAUAGAGACUGUGUUGAAAUAUUUAAACAGCACCAAUAUCGAUGUACAACUAGCCUCCAUUAAUGCUCUCAAGGCUCACUCAGUCGAUCAAAGAGUGCAGGAACAAUUACAAGACUUUAUCCUCUCAGCUCAGUUCCAAGAUCAAAUAGAGGCCAUUGUGCAGAUGUUAAUCGAAGCAUUAGACAAAGUGAAGGACAAAGAAUCACACAAUAUCUACGUUGAUGCUCUAGCUUCUAUUGACUUCUUUGAGGACUCCAAACUGCAUUCAUUAGUGACCCACUAUCUACAAAAGCUGGGAACAAAGCAUGCAUUGGACUACGAUAAUGUGCUGCAGACUGUCGAGCGACCAGACAAUGAAGAUGAUACUUUUGACGACGCUCGAGUACGUAGAGGCUCAGACUGGGAUGCUUCUAGCUCUAUUUACAACCUCAUUGCUAGCUACUCCUCAAGGAGAAGUGAUGUAAUCAAUCACCCCUUGCACAAAGCGUACAUCUGGGAUAAAAAGUUUGGUAUCAGUAAAGUAUACGCACAAAUGGCAGCAGGCGGAUUUGCUGGUAUUAAGCAGAAUGGAAAUGGUUACAAAUUGUUUGGCAAAGUAAUCGCCCAAGGACAUGCCUUUGGAAGGACUUCUACUGCUUUGAGAGCUGAGUUCUUGCGAGAGAGAACAGGGAACAGUAUUUAUCAGAAAAUCUAUGCUAUAGUUGUUGGCAAGACACUGGUUAAUGACGCUGGUACACUAUAUAUACCUUCUGGUUGUAAUACCUACACCAAGAAUCUGUACAGUUCCAGUGUCAGGAUAUUCCAAUUCAGGUACAGCGUGUUUAUUUAUGUUGGAACGCUCGACUUCUACGUUGGAAUGACUGCCAAGCUCGGACUAAAAGUGAAAGCAUCUGUGUGUGAGACAACAGUGAAGGCAUGUGCCAGUCUCAUUCCUAGUCUCACCCUGAGGGCAGAGGGAGGAGCCAGUGCCACAAUACUGCUGGUGGUUAGAGGAGGGGUAGAGGUUGCAGCAAGCUUCACUUAUCAGCUCGAGCCUGAGACUUGCAUCCAAUACUGCAGAUCUGCCACACAUCAGAGGGUCAAAACCUGUGUCAAUGUGAACAACGGCUGGCCUAACAACUAUGUUGAGAUCUAUGCUUACUACCAGAUUAGACGUAUUAGGAUUUGGCCACCAAGGAUCUAUUGGAGUUCUAAAAGACGAUGGAGCGCACUCUCGAAGCGCUGGGACCUCUCUAGUUUCAGUCUUCGCAGGAUAUGGAGCUCAUGUGACCGCACUCCUGUGUGUUGAUAAGGAAAAAUUAUGACCUCAAAAACAUUGCAUGCACAGUAACAUUUCUUUGCUGCUACACAAUUGCUGCUUCACAAAUAAUAGCAAAUUUUCCCAAACUG